GAGGCUCUGCGAGCCUCGUGAUCUUUGGGUACACACUGUACUAGUGAUAAGAUCUAGAAUGAAAAGAGCGAAGUCUGGAUUGCUGAAAAAGACACUGAAACGAGCAAGAGUGCGAGAAGUGAGAAGACUUUCUAGACAAGCGCAAAGACUCAGAACUAAAAAUCACUUGAACAUGAAUGCAGAAGCUUUGUAUGUACCAUCAUGUAGUUGGACCCCAAAUGACUAUGCAGUCAAUAUUAACUCAAAAGGAACUGACAUGCAAGUAGCAAAGAAUGAACGCAAAGCUGUUCGCAUGCUAGAAGAGCUGCAGGCAUUAAAGGACCUUGAUAUGACAGCACUCAUAAAGGAACUUCAAGAAUGCAAAAGCAGAAUAAAAGUACACCACCAAGAUGAACCGCAAGCAGAUUUGGCCGAGAGAGCCAAAAGACGUUUGAUGACCAAUGAUGUUGUUAUGGAAGCAGUAGGAACACAGCCAGACACAGAGUCAGCUACUGUAAAGAGGACAACAGAAUCAACUGGCACAGGCGAAUUUGGUAUUGAAUUGCUAGCAAGACAAGAUGUAUCAAACAGCACAGAUUCAACUGAUACCACUAACAGUACACCAAUAACUACAUUCCUAAGCUGUGUUGGACACCAGUCAUCAAAGGUGGCUGGAAAGAUCACGCAUAAGAAAAACAGAAAAGGUCAGAGGGCAAGAAGAAAAUUGUGGCAAGAGAAGUUCGGCAGUAAAGCAAAGCACAUUGAUCACGGCAUCACAUCACAAUAUGCACGAUGUUCACAGAGAAACAAGUUUGAACAACAUGAAGCUGUCGCCACAACAGCAACUCUCACUUUACCAAUACAAAGUAAGAAGACAAGAACAACGGCAUCAGUGAGAACGACUGAUCACCCAUCAUGGGAAGCAAGUAAAAGAAGACGGGCACAAGAACAAGCUAUCAGUUCAUUUAGUGGAACAAAGAUAAUUUUAGACUCAGACUAG